UUAUAAGAUUUUGGAAUCUAUCACCGUUCGAUCGGGAUUAUACACACUCAACGCUGCUAUAACUGUGUGAAGAAAGAUGUUGUUGAAUGGAUUGCGGAGAUUCUGGCGGCAGCUGUUUGUUGUCGCUGUGGCGCUGGUGUUCCUUCCGCUGCCUCUCAUUAUUGCCACCAAGGCAGCCCAUUGCGCCUACGUGCUGGCGCUGAUGAGCGUCUUCUGGUUGGCGGAAGUCCUGCCGAUGCCCAUCGUGGCGAUCCUGCCGGCCAUCCUCUUGCCCACGCUCGGCGUCCAGUCCUCCAAGAAUGUGUGCCGCAAUUACUUUAAGGAUUCUGCCAUGCUGUUCAUGGGCAGUCUGAGCGUGGCCGUGGCCGUGGAGGAGAGCCAUCUGCACCAGCGCAUCGCAUUACGCGUUCUGCUCCUAGUGGGAUCACAUCCACGCUGGCUAAUGCUGGGGUUUAUGUGCAUUUCGGGAUUUCUAUCCAUGUGGAUAAGCAAUACCGCGGCCACGGCCAUGAUCACCCCGAUCGCGGAGACCGUCAUGAUGGAGCUCUUUAAACGCCAACGAGCUGCCGACCAACUUCGAGCUCCGCGGAUUUUCUCCCGCUCUCCGUCGUCUCACAACCGUGGAGGAACGAUACUGUGCGUGGGAAUACAGUUGCCGGCCAUCAGCCCGAGCACUAACAUCGUCAUGGAGCUGUGCAAACCGGCUGACAACGCGAGCGCCUCGGUCGCAGCAUCGGGCGGCACGGUGCCCGCUAAGAUUCACCAACAGGAGACGGGAUCCUUCAGCAGACUGGAUUUGGAUGCGGAGGAGCUGCGCUGUAUGCGAGGCAUGAUCCUGUGCGUGGCGUACGCGGCCAACAUUGGCGGGACGGCGACGCUGACCGGCACGAUGCCCAACAUCGUCCUCAAGGGACAAAUCGACGCUUUAUAUGGACCAGUCACCGGCGUGAACUUUGCCACGUUUCUGUUGUUCUCCCUGCCGGGAAUGCUGCUGACGCUAAUCGUGGCCUUUAUCUGGCUGCAGUGGAUUUUUAUCAGCACAUGGUCCUGUAGAAAACGCGGGAAGAAUACGGCGCCCGUGAAAUCCAGGGAGGCACUCCGCGCCGGCAUGCUGCAGGAGCGCAGUACUGUGCGACAGAUAAUCCAGGCCAAAUACAACGACCUGGGCACCAUCGGAUUUGGCGAAGCGAGCGUAAUGCUGCUGUUCCUCUUCUUGGUCACGGCCUGGAUUCUCCGCGACCCGUACUUCAUCGCCGGCUGGCAGGCGUGGUUCCCCCGUGGCUACGUCAGCGACGCCACGCCGGCCAUCCUCGUCAGCUUCCUGCUCUUCAUCUGGCCGCGAAAAUUAUCGCCGGCGAAUGACAGUAAAGGUCACGCCUCCCUGCCGCCGAUUCUAACAUGGGCCGCCAUGAAACGCCGCUUCCCCUGGGAUGUCUUCCUGCUGCUGGGUGGGGCUAUCGCCCUGGCAGAUGCCACACAGGUGUCCGGUUUGGCGGACUGGAUGAAAGACCAGAUGCACUACUUGACGCAAAGCAUCGUGACAUCUUAUCCGACACAAUUCUCUCAAAAUCUUGGGGGCAUGGUUAUCGUCAUCGUCCUGCUGGUCUCAACCCUGACGGAGUUUGCUAGUAACGGCACCAUCGCCACCAUUUUCCUGCCCAUUCUGGCCAAAUUGGCGGAAGUGUCGCAUGUCAAUCCGCUGUACUUGAUGUUGCCGGCGACCAUGGCCUGCUCCUUCGCCUUCAUGCUACCGGUGGCCACGCCCCCCAACGCCAUCGCCUUCGGCUCGGGCUUCCUGCGCAUCCGGGACAUGGUCGUGGCCGGGUUCGGACUCAGUCUGCUGGCGAUUGUCAUCCUUCUCGUUAAUCUGCACACCACCGGCGUCGGGCUCUUCCAGCUCCUCCAAACACCGGCCUGGCUCAUCGCCCUCCCCUUGGGAUUGCCUAUCAACACCACUGGCGCUGUGGCGAACAACAUAACGACGCUAGCCUAUUGA